AUGUCUAGUUCUGAGAAGAAAGAUGUUAUUACAGAGCAACGUGUACAUAAACUUAAAGCAAAAGCAUUUUUUAACUUAUUAAAGAGCCCUCCAGAAAAUGUAGCAGUUUUUUCGUUUGACUGCGAAAAAAACUUACCGUUGCCGAAGCUACCGGAUCAAGCUAGUUAUUUUACCCAACAAAUUAACUACUACAACUUUACAGUCGUCCGUGGAUCAUCAACAACAUCCUUGGUUCCUGAAAAUGUCUAUUCCUAUGUGUGGACGGAGGUAGAUUUUGCCAAAAAUUCAAAUUCAACUGCUUCAGCCGUCUGGGAUGCAUUGGUUAAGUCCUCGUUUUUGGGGGAAAUUGAUACUAUUCAUUUGUUUGCUGAUGGUUGUGGGAGGCAAAAUAAAAAUAGUAUCAUGAUGACGAUGCUUUCCGUUUGGCUUAUGAAGAAAGCUCCCCAGAACGGCGUUCGGUAUGAUUGUGAAAAGGAAGUGAAAAAGAAAUCUGUAGUUGUAAAACCUUCUGACUACGAAAAGAUCAUAGCACAUAGGUCGACAAUACGCAAAUUGGGUGUAGACUGGCAGGUGUAUGACUGGAAAAGUGAAGCCCAAACACAUAUGAAAACGCCAUCAGCGUGGCACUUUCAGUUUAACAAGAAAAAGAGAUUCGUUUUUACUAGAGGAAAAGCUAAUGUACUAAUAAGAGGUGAAUCGAAUUAUUAUGCUGAUAUCGGCGAAGCAAAAUCUGUUCUGAAGAGAGGAAAGAACACUUCAGCUAUUAAUUCUACUGAGCUUGAUAUUGGUUGCAAAUUGAAGGGUGAUAAAUCUACAAUAAUUUCACUUCUAAAGAAACAUUACGGAGAUACCUGGGAAGAAAACCCUGAUUUAAGUUUCCUUAAAGAAGCUCUUGUUACCUCUAGAGCAGAACAAGACAAUAUGCCUGAAACUGACGUUGAGAGUGGCUGCCGUAGCAUCAAACCAUGCGAUAUUAAUUUACCAAUAUAA